CACACUUGGAGCUCUUCCUAGGCUCUGUUGGGUAUAUAAGCAGAGACAGAAAACUCCUGGAUGGAGCAGCAGUGGAUCAACUCCACCCAUCAGCAGCUUCUCUCUACAUCUCCAGCCGAGGUGCAACCACACCGCAGACUUCCAUCAUAGACACUAAAGUCCGACUGUCUCACAGCACUUCACACUAUCAUCAAAAUGUCUGACCAAGGAGCUACCCCAACCGCUUCCGCUUCCGCUCCUCCCCCUCCUCCUCCCGGACGUCCUCCUAAGGUGGGCAACCGUGGCCGCGCCUCAGGCCCCACUGACAGCUCCAACCUUGAUCCAACGGACAUCCCAGAGAUAGAGUACUUUGUGGCGCCUGGUCCAAGAGGAUACCCUCCUCUGACAGGAUUCCUGGACAUCUGGGAUGUGGACAUGAUGAGGAGGCGAGAUGAGAGCAACAAGAUUGACCACCACACCAACCUGUACCACUCUGACAAUCUCAUCGUCCGCCGAGCUCAAGAGUUUCAGGUCAAGAUCACCUUCGAUCGUGCGUUCAAACCUGACGAGGACAAGUUUGCUGUCGAGUUUGUCAUCGGCUCCAGCCCACAGUACAGCAAGGGCACCUACAUCCCCGUGUUCCCCACCAAGACCCGCCAGAGCUCCUGGGGAGGCCGUGUCACACAGACCAAUGACAAUGUGGUGACCAUGGGCAUCACUCCGGCGGCCAACUGUAUUGUGGGGAAAUAUCAAAUGUACGUUGCAGUGCAGACGCCUUUUGGCAUUCGCAGGACAAAGCGUGACAACAGCCGGGAGUUAUACAUCCUUUACAAUCCUUGGGCAUCAGAUGAUGCUGUGUUUCUGGAUGAUGAGGUAGAGAGGCAAGAGUGUGUGAUGAAUGAGAUGGGGAUCAUCUAUCAUGGGGCUUAUGAAGAUGUUUCUGAGAGAAACUGGAACUAUGGACAGUUCAACUAUGGAGUUCUGGACGCAUGUCUCUACAUCAUGGACAGGGCUGAGAUGCCGAUCACCAACAGAGGAGACCCCAUAAAGGUGACCAGGAAGGCCUCUGCCAUGCUGAACUCGCGUGAUGAUGAGGGCGUGCUGGUGGGGAACUGGAGCGGUGACUACACCUACGGAGUGGCACCUACUUCCUGGACCGGCAGCACUGACAUCCUGCUCAGCUACGCCAGCAGCAAGUUGCCCGUGUGCUACGCUCAGUGCUGGGUCUACGCUGCUGUCUUCAACACCUUCCUCCGCUGUCUGGGUAUCCCAUCCAGGGUUGUCACCAACUACUACUCUGCUCAUGAUAACGAUGGAAACCUGAAGAUGGACAUAAUUCUGAACGACAACGGCAGAAUCGAUCGAAACCGCACCAAGGACUCUAUCUGGAACUACCACUGCUGGAAUGAGUGCUACAUGUCCAGACCAGACCUCCCACCAGGUUUUGGAGGCUGGCAGGUUGUGGAUGCAACACCGCAGGAAACGAGUGAUGGGAUGUACAGAUGUGGACCUGCAUCAGUUCUGGCCAUAAAACACGGAGAGAUUUGCUUCCCGUUUGAUGCCGCCUUUGUGUUCGCCGAGGUCAACAGCGACGUCGUGUUUUACUCACGGACGAAAGACGGGACCAUGGAGCCGGUCAGAGUGAACCAGACUCACGUGGGUCGCAUGGCUUUGACCAAAGCUGCGGGAAGCGAGGGUCGUCGAGACAUCAUCGAUCAAUACAAGUUUCCUGAAGGGAGCCCAGAGGAGCGGACUGUCCUGGAGAAGGCAGAGGAGUUUGGCUGCAAGCGGGAGAAGUCCAUCCCCCCUCCGGCUGACGUGGACGUGGUCCUGCCCACCCUGGAGGUCAGGGUUGGUGAUGACUUCGAGCUCAGUGUGGAGUUCGUAAACCACAGCAACCAGAAGCGCACAGUGGAGGCCUACAUCAGCGGGAGUGUGGUGUAUUACACCGGUGUCUCCAGCAAGGAGUUCCUGUUCAAGACCCCCACAGUGACCCUUCAGGCCCAAAAGGGUGCGAAGGAGUCAAUGACGAUUGAGUCGAGGAGCUACAUGGAUCAUCUGGUGGAGCAGGCUAACCUCAACUUCAUCGUCACUGGGAAGAUCAAAGAAACUGGCCGUAUCGUGACGGCCAUGAAACUUGUCAACCUGCACAAUCCCAAACUCACUGUCGAGCUGUCUGGCAGUGCCAAAUUGAGCGAAGAGAUGAUGGCCACUGUGGAGUUUACAAACCCGUUCUCCAUCAACCUCGAGAAGGUGUACCUCCGUAUGGAAGGACCAGGAGUCAUGGAGCCCAAAACCAGAUAUUACAGUCUGAUCCCCGGAGGCUCCUCUCUGACCUGGACCGAGCUGUUUACUCCACUGAGGACUGGAAAAACCAGAGUGAUCGCCACUCUGGACUGUUCUGCCCUCAGACAGGUCUCCGGCCAGGCGUCCGUCACCAUCGAGUCCUGAAGAUAACCAGAAGAUUACUGAUAACCGCUGACAGCAAACAGUGCAGUGCAAAAGCUUUAAAACGGCCCUGUUUAUUUUUACGUAGCUGAAAAUGAAUAAACAAAAGCAACCAAAGUCUGGAAAGAAACUUUAGAAAGCAUGGAGCAACAUUGUUAUGGGCAUCUUUAGAUUACAGUUUCUUGAAAUAUGAAGGAAUGAAGGACGAUUAAACUUUUGCAGAGUAUAGUACUUAAACCUGAUUAUAGGCCUACAGCAUAGAAAUGUAAGAGUUCAUUAAGAAUAGCUUCAGCAUUGAUAUUAACAGAGCAAGUUUGAACAUACCACAAAGGUUAAUCAUAAGAAAAGAUAACAGAUUAUUUAAACACAGGAAAGCACAGUAAGAAAUAGAUUAAAAAAAAUGAUUUUGAU